AUGCCUCGAAAUCGUUUUCAACUUUUGUUGCGAUUCUUUCAUUUAGCUAAUAAUGAUGACAUUUUGGAUCAUGAUCGAUUAGGCAAAAUUAGAUCUUUAGUAGAUAUGUUGGUGAAAACGUACAGUGAUGCUAAAAUUCCUGGUGAGAAUGUAGUUAUAGAUGAAUCCAUGAUACCUUUUCGAGGCAGGUUGAUUUUCAGACAGUACUUACCUAAUAAAUCAUCAAAGUAUGGAAUAAAAUUAUACAAAUUAUGUGACUCUAUAGGAUAUACAUAUAAAAUAAUUGUAUAUAGUGGAAAAGAUUCUAAUUUAUCUCUUCAGACAAACUUUCCUGCUGCAGGAAAAGUUGUUAUGGAAUUAAUGGAUGGAUAUUUAAAUGAAGGCAGGACUUUAAUAAUUGAUAAUUUUUAUACUAGCUUAAAAUUGGCACAUACAUUACUCCAAAACAAUACCCAUAUGGUAGGUACACUACGAAAAAAUGCCAGAGAAUUGCCAAAAGACGUGAUGAAUGCAAAAAUUAAAAAGGGAGAAAUAAAAGGAAAAGUAAAUAGCAAAGGUGUUGUAGCAAGUGUCUGGAAGGAUAAAAGAGAUGUAAGGAUGAUUUCUACUAAACAUGGUAUUAAUAUAUUGGAAACAGGGAAAAAAAUAAGAUCUUUUUCAAGUUAA